AUGGAGUCAAAGAGAAAGAUGACGACAAGUCCGGCACAAGAUCCUAAAAGCAAGUUCAACUUCCCCGAUCAUAUUCCUCCUCCACCAUAUCCACCCAAAAGGAAGAAGAGGGUUCCAAAAGAGAAAAGUUUCGAGUGGAUGAUGAAUGUGAUCCAAAAAGUGAAUGUGGAUGUAUCAUUAGUGGACCUCUUCACUAACUUUCCCAAGUUCUCCAAGUUCUUUAAAGAUAUGAUGGCAAACAAGGAGAAACUACAAGAUGAUGGAAUAGUGGCUUUGAGCAUGAAUUGCUCACAACUGAUUUCUAGAAUGAUGCCAAUGAAGAAGAGGGACCCCGAAAGUGGUGUGAUUCCUUGUGAGAUCAGCAAUACAAUCUUCACAAAAUGCUUAUUAGAUCAAGGAUCAGGGAUUUCACUGAUGGCAUUGAAAACUGUUCGUGCCAUUGGCCUAGAUGAGAGAAUGGAGCCUAUUGACAUUGCUCUACAAUUGGCUGAUCAUUCAAUAGUGAAGCCCACCGGAAUAGUAGAGGAUGUCUUGGUCAAAGUCGACAAAUUCGUCAUCCUUGUUGAUUUCAUAGUCUUGGACAUGCCCGAGUACAAAGAGGUACCAAUUCUGUUUGGUAGACCAUUUCUUGCCACGAGAGAUGUGUUGCUUGGAGAAAAAGACAACUCUGUCACGUUCAGAAUUAAUGGUAAACAAGUGACCAUUAAUGUAGAGAAGACGAUGAAGCACCCUAGUGAUGCAAAAGCGUGUUUUAGAGUUGAUGUCCUCGACAAGUGCAUAUUUGACAAGAUGUGUUGCUCGGCAAAAAUAGAAGGAAGCGUAUAUGACAAGGGAGCUUGGAAAGAGACUUUGGUUCGACAAUCAAAGUAA